AUGGCGGCCCCGUCAGCAGCUUCAAAGAAGCAACAAGAUCUUCAGCUGCAAUACAGCACGUACAAGAACACCUUGCAACAACUCGCUCAGAAGAUUGGCGACGUUGACCAGGAGAAGGAAGAACACAAAGCUGUCCUAGAGACGCUGGAACCGCUCUCGGGGGACCGCAAGUGCUUCCGGAUGAUCAAUGGUGUGCUUGCUGAGAGAACCGUCAAAGAUGUCAUCCCGGCGUUGAGGACGAAUCUCGAGGGUCUUGAGAAGGUUCUGAAGGAGCUCACUGAGCAAUACAACACGAAAACCACCGAGAUGGAGACAUGGAAGAAGAAGAAUAAUGUCCAGGUAGUCCAGUAG